AUGACCUUUAUAAGCAUUGCCGUGCUUCUUAUAGCUGCAUCAUCUGCUUAUAUUAAGAUUCCUCUCAAGAACCUUGCUGAAAAUCCAAAGCAAUUAAUCGUCGAAAAUUAUUCCACCAACCCGUCCACUGUAGAAUGGACACCCACCUCCUACCUGAAAAACUACAUAAAUAUGCAAUAUUUCGCACAAAUUUACAUCGGCUCACCUCCACAGCUAUUUAAUGUACAAAUAAGUACGGCAUCUCCUUGGUUAUGGAUCCCCUCAACAAAAUGCCAAUUCUCAUGUCAUAAAUGUUCCAAUUACUUUGAUUUUCUCCUCAGCUCGAGUUAUAAACUACUCUCCCAGAACUAUAAAAUCUAUUAUGGGGCUGGAUUCAUCCGAGGAGACUUAAGCAGCGAAAGUUUUUCUAUUGGCGACAAUAAAGGGUUAUUCAUUAAAAAUCAGACAUUUAUUUUAGUAAAUCAAGACGGUGGAUUUAAUGAUGCAAUUUAUGAUGGAAUUUUAGGACUGGAGUAUAACUCUCAGUGACUUAAAUAUCCAACCUUCCUUGAUAAUUUAAAGCGGCAAGGGCAAAUUUCAAGAAAAAUCUUUUCAGUAUUUUUGUCUGACAAUGGAUUUUCUGGAAUCCAAAGUGACGGCUCUGCAAUUAUUUUUGGGGGAUUUGAUCUCGAGAGUUAUUCAGAAAAUCAAGAUAUCCAAUAUGUUGAUUUAUUGCAGAAUAAUGGAAGAUGGCAAACAUCAUUAUCCGAGUUAAAGGUGGAUGGCGAUCAAAUUACAAGCAGAAAUUCUGAAGCAACAUUUGGAAUUGGAAUUGGCUUAAUGUAUGCUCCACAAGCGGAGUUUAAUAGCAUAUAUAAAGAGCUUUCUGAUGAAGGGGACUGCUGGAUAGAAAAUAGCUUUGUUCUAUGCGAUUGUGGAGAAAGCUAUAAGCUUGACGAUUACCCAGAAAUUAGCUUUGUCCUUGGGUUAGACCAUAAAUUUACGUUAGAGCCUCAAAAUUACUUUUAUAAGUAUGGAUCAAAAUGCUACUUACUUUUUGGGGUAAAUCCUAUAGAGUACGGGUGAAUUAUUGGAGAUGUUUUUAUGAGAAAGUAUUAUACAAUUUUUGAUGCAGAUUUUGGAAGAAUUGGACUUGCUCUUGCAAAAACCAGAAAAUUUGUUAAAGCAGUAGAUUAUGUUGCCUAUGAUAAAAAUGAAGCGAAUUUAAGUGAGGAAACCUUUCUUAAAAAGAGCGAAAUUGCAUAUCAAAAUAGCAAUUCUGAUGGAAUUUCAAUAAAAAAUGCUGAUGUUUUUAUUUAUCAAGCUUGCUUCUUAGUCGUUUUUGGGAUAUCCAUAUCAUUUAUUUGCUGUAUAUGCAAUAGAAGAAGUGAUGAAGAAGCCUCUUAUUAUGAAAAGAUUUAUGCUUAA